AAGCAGUGGAUCCCGCUGAGGUUGAGGCACUCAGGAGGAUGGCUUCUCUCACCGUGCUGCUGCUGCAUCUGCUGCUCAUGCUCUCGUCUGCAUCUGCAUGGUAUUACUCGUACUAUGGCGGAUCAAUGACCUUCACCCCAAAAGGACGGGACUCAAAUGGGACUCAAACCGUGCAACUCCACAACACACAAACUUCCAUUUAUUGCUAUGUAAAUUACUACUCGUGCUCCUCUGGUGACUGUGGAUCCCAGACUGAAACCACCAGCUCAGCUGUUGCCAUAAAUUCCUUGCAUUUCAACUGGUGCCAAUAUGAUGUGGACAACAAAAUUAACCUCAACAGCAACCUCCCCUUUGAGAUUAAAUACCCCACUUACGUCAAUUCCUACUAUGGUCUGGGCUUCUGGGCAUCAAACUUCAGAAGCUCAUUUGGUAACUGGGUAAUGACGGCACAUGUGGACCUGGGAACCCGAUCUGAUACUGGUGAAUCUAACAGCUCCCCCGUCACUGCUAUGUUACCUGUUCUCAGAGUACCGAGGAACUGCCCACGAACAUACAACAUGGCGGUUUUUGAUCCUGAUGGUGACAAAGUCAGAUGCAGGGUACCAACAAACCCAAAUACAAAUGAGUGUGGGCUGUGUGGUCUGACUGCAGGUUUCUCUUUCGAUCAGAACUCCUGCACCCUAAAGUACAUAAACAGUAAUCAAUAUGGAACCCAUCCCAUUGAGCUCGUGGUGGAGGACUUUCCCAACAAACCCAUUACCCUGUCCUACUCUGAUGGAUCCUACACGACAAAGCACCCUCUUUCAGAGUUGAGGCGCAAACGAGCACCAACAACAGCCGCUCCAACAACAGCAGCACCAACAACAGCCGCUCCAACAACAGCAGCUCCAACAACAGCUGCUCCAACAACGGUGGUUCCAACAACAGCCGCUCCAACGACAGCAGCUCCAACAACAGCUGCUCCAACGACAGCAGCUCCAACAACAGCAGCUCCAACAACAGCAGCACGAACAACAGCAGCUCCAACAACAGCAGCACGAACAACAGCAGCACCUACAACGGCAGCUCCAACAACAGCCGCUCCAACAACAGCAGCACCUACAACGGUGGCUCCAACAACAGCCGCUCCAACAACAGCAGCUCCAACAACAGCCGCUCCAACAACAGCAGCUCCAACAACAGCCGCUCCAACAACAGCCGCUCCAACAACAGCAGCUCCAACAACAGCAGCACCAACAACAGCCGCUCCAACAACAGCAGCUCCAACAACAGCCGCUCCAACAACAGCCGCUCCAACAACGCGCGCUCCAACAACGGUGGCUCCAACAACAGCCGCUCCAACAACGCCCGCUCCAACAACAGCCGCUCCAACAACAGUCGGUAGAACAACAGCCGCUCCAACAACAGCCGCUCCAACAACGGCCGCUCCAACAACAGCCGCUCCAACAACCGUACAGCCUUACCGAGCAACAAUUGCUCCUUUGAGCCAGCUUCCUCUGCAGUUUACUGUUUAUGUGGACUAUCACAAUGCCCCUUCAUGCCUUGAUGGGGAUUACUUUCCCGUUUUCUCAUCACCAACUCCGCGUAAUGGAGUGAAUCUUCCUGCGUAUGUCAACCGCACCCUCGAAAUCAAAGUCAAAUCCGAAGCACAAUACACCACGAUUCAUGACUUGAUUGUCACUGGACCACAGGGCAUUUGGAAGCAGAGAAUCUCCACAGAAGAAUUUAUCAUAAAGUGGAUACCAACUCAAAAUGAUUUGAAUGAUCAUUUUCCCAUUUGCUUCGUUUCGGAAGCAAGAGACAUGUACUACCAAGUCUUUCAAUCAGAGCCACGUUGUGUGAUCGUGGAUGUGGGGUCCGAUGAGACCACUGUGACAUGCAAUGAAACAACGAUAACGGUGGAAGUGGAGAAGACCUCACUCAUAAAACGCAACGAGGCCAACUUGCAUCUGAAAGACUUUAGCGAUGCUGCCUGUGACCUGAAAACACGCUCCAACUCAACCCACCUGGUGGCUGUCAUGUCGCUGAACACAUGUGGAACCACCGUAGAGGAGGAUGAAAACAACAUCAUCUUCAAAAACAUGAUCACAUCCGGUGACCCAGCUCAAGUCAUUUCCAGACAAAAUGACGUGGAGAUCGUCUUUUCCUGCGCCUAUCCAAAGCGGACCAACCUGACGCUGGGAUUCACGCACAAGAACCCGUACGUCUUCACGGAGAAGGGCUUCGGGGCUUUCACCUUCCAGUUUGAAUUCUUCCAGAGCCCGCGGUUCAGAAAACAAAUUAAUAGCAGCACUUACCCAGUGGAGGUGUACCUCAAACAGAUGAUCUUCAUGCAGAUCGAGGCGACCUCUUCCAUCCCCAACGUGGAGCUGUUUGUGGAGUCCUGCAAGGCGACUCCAUAUGACAACCCAAACUCUCGCAUCAGCUACACCAUCAUCGAUAACGGGUGUGUUAAAGACAACACGGUGAGAAUCUACAACGGCUCCAAAUCUCAAUUCAGAUUUGGAAUGGAGGCUUUUGAGUUCAUCGGUGCUCAUGAAGAGGUGUACAUCACUUGCUCGGUCAUCCUGUGUGAGACCGGCGUUCCCGGGAGCAGGUGCUCUCAGGGAUGCAUCGACUCCUACUCAGGGAACCCUCGAGUCAGAAGAGAAGCUGUGGCCCAGACGUCCCGCCACACCAUUUCCCAGGGACCUUUGCACCUGGCUAAAGCAUCUGACAGCCCAGCAUCUGGCCCGAGCCUGAACAUGGGCCUGAACAUCAUCUUUAUCGUUGGCUGCCUCCUGGCAUGCGGGGUGGUGAUCUACAGAUCGAGGAGGUCCAAAGCUAAAUACCAACCGCUGCCAACCUCUGAGACAGACUGAAGAAAGAGACGCCAUCUUGAUCCAGUCUGAUUAUGAGGAAGAUCUCAGCUACAGUCUCAGAAGCGUAU